UUACAUGACGUCACAGGCGCGCGCUGUUUAACAAUUGUUUACAACUGAAAAUCAAUUAAAGACUAAUAAAUAUUUACUUGGCUGCAAAAGUUAAAUUUAUUAAAGUUUGGAGAAGAGAUUUAGCGGCGAGUUGCAAGGUGAUUGGCCAGAUAUUGGAUGAAGUUAUGAGGAAUUUCACCACUCAGUCUACAUCAAGACGUUGGACAAUAUCAAACAACUUGAGCUUAUUGAUUGAUAAUAUUAUGUGAGCAAAUGAUGAAAAACUGAUGUAACAUGGAUGAGGCAAACACUUUGAUCAGUCCAUGCAAGAAGCUGAGACUAGGAAAUGUAGAAGAUGAAGAGGAAUCAGUCAGAUAUGAAGCUGCCAUAGCAAAUACGAAUAUAGACAUUGAUGUCACAGAAAAAGAUACUCAUGACAAUGUUUUGGAGGAAGACAAACUGGAGGAAUUCCCAUAUAUUGAUGAUAACGCACCAGUCGGAUUAAUAAGUGGGUGUCAUACAAUGAAUACUUUAGAAUCUGAUCCUACUAGUGGUACAUAUGUGGACAAUGCAACAGCAAUGUUAGUUCAUGUUGGUAAUAGGGCAUCCAGUAAUGGAGAGAUAAAACCUGUGACUCCUGUACAUACAGAUGAUGAAUGUAAGGAUGAUUUAUUAUCUGUUGAAGCUGAUCUUCAACAUUCCAAUAAUUCUUCUGUUAGAGAGCAAGAUACUACAGCAGACAUACAGGAAUCCCUUGAUGUGGUCAAUGCUUGUAAGGAAGAGAUUGAAGCAUUGAUUGAAAAUCGAAAAACUGAAGUGAAAACCAUAUGCUCAAGUGUAGAUGUUAGUGCUAUUAUCAGACGUAUGGAAAAUGUGCCAAAACAGAAAAAAAUCACAGAGCAGGAAUGUUUGCUUGAAGAUACUGUAAAACCAGAUCUGAUCACAGAGUUAGACACAAGUAUGACAAGUGAAAGUACAGAUGAUUUAAACAGCUCAUCUGUGACUGUAACAGAAAAUACCGAGUCACAAACUGUCAACAUAAAUGACAAAAUUGACAAUGAACAAGAUCCUGAUUUGCUGAAUGACAAUACUAAUAUGGCACCUAGUGAAGAAAACCUGGAUGAUACUAUUCAUGAUGAUGAUGAUGAUGAUUGUGCAGAUGAAGAGAGACAUUGUGAACAUAUCUAUGCCAAUGUUGUUGUUGUAAAAAGUGCAGAAAAAAGACCUAGGAAGUCUGAGAUUAACAAAACAACAGAGUUCAAUGAUUUACAGGUAGAUCAUGAAAAAACAGGCAGUGAAACAACAAAUAGUGUAUCUUUGCAAAAUCCGGAACAAAGUGUUUUAUUAGAAAGAACUUUGGGGGAAGGCAAGGAAUGUGCUGAUGAUACAUCCAAUUAUUUCUGUGUUGUACAAACUAACGAUGAUAAAGAUUUAAGGGAAGAAGUAGACAGACAUAGAGAAGAAACUAAUAAUUUUAAUAGUGAAGAGACUGUUUCACAACCUGUAAAUUCAGGAAUGGUGUCAUUAAGUAUGUCUAGACUUCAAACAAUGGCACAUCCUCUUUGUGCUUCCACACCUCUUCCGCAAGGUUACCCUGGUAUGUAUGAUAUGUUUGAAAACGAACAGGUGGGGCAAUGUACUGUAUCACAGGCAGUAACAAAUGAACAUGUUAAAAAACAGAGCAGGUCUGAGCCCCUGUGUACUUCAACACCAGUAGUUAAAGCUAGUCAAGGUCUAAGGAUGAGAGAUAUGAAUAUUAUGAGAGGUUCAGAUGAAAAGAAACAUGUAAAAUUUGCUCAGAAAAUAGAUACUAAAACUGAAGCAGAUAUAUAUGAAGACUUUGCAAAUGAAAAUGGAACAGAAAGUUAUGAAAGGUUGAUAAUAAAGAAAAAUGAAAAAAAUGUGAAGAAAGAGAAUCAAUUAAUUGGAGGUUCAUUGAAAAGGGAUAGGGGUUCUAAAAGAGAGAAGAAAAAACUUAAAGGUGUAAGAGUUGAGAAGUUUAAAGAAUAUAUGGGACCAGGAUUAACGUCGGGUUUGAAUUCAGAAAAUGUUUCAGAAGCUGUUGUUGAGCCUUCAAGCAAUAAUCUGGCCAAAAGCUCAGAUAUAGAGACAUGCACCUUAACAGAAUACAAAGGUUUUGGGUUGACGGGACCACUACCAGAAAGACCUUUACAAACAAGUACACCGUUACCACCACACAUAGGUAGGUCAGAUCAGGCCAUGCAAAUAGACCCCAGCAGUAGAAAUGAAGAUGGUACUCAUACAUUGAGAAGAUGUUUGUCUGGUGUAAGUCUAGGUGGCAAACCAGCAGGCACUGAGGGAUUUCUCCCUGAUCAUAUAACACAAAACAGCACAAGCAAUACUGCAAAUUUUAACAAUAUGAAAUCUGGUACAGGACAAAAACUGAGACAGACAGUGAGUGAAUCAAAGUUUGGACAGAAAACAAACUUAAUGCUUGGUGAUUUAAAUACAAAAACUCUUACCAGGCAUACAAGUGAUCUUGGUCCACAUGGUUAUAACAAGCAAAACAGACUUACAGGCUGGCUGGCAUCGGUUCAAGCCCAGAAGAAUCAUCUGCCAACACUUUAUGAACAUAGUCAACCAGCAGAGACUGCACUACUGCGACCAGACGAGGCAUAUCCUAGCGUGACAUCAGUUAAGGGAGAUAAUUCUGAGGGCAAUAGCAAUACAGACAAAUCAGAUAAAAGUGAAAAAGUGGUGAUUGAUCCACAAGUUCUCCAAAAUACAGGUCAAUUAAAGGUUUCUGCUUACAUGAACUUCGGUCUUCUUACUGUCCAUGUAAUACAAGGACGACAACUUUCUACAAAAUGGAAAAAUAUGUGCGAUUCAUUUGUAAAGUUAAGUUUAUUACCUGAUGACGGGAAGAAACCAAAAUGCAAAACAGAAGUUGUACAAGAUACUAAUAAUCCGCUAUAUGACGAGAAAUUCUCUUUUGAGCUAAAUGAAGAGGAUCACAACAAGAGAUUAAUGGUGUCAGUCUGGCAUCGAGACACACAGGCUGGAGUGAAUGAGUUUUUAGGCUGUAUGUCAUUUGGUAUCCGACAUCUUACAAACCCCAAAAAGGAGGUUAAUGGAUGGUACUACCUCCUAACAGAAGAUGUGGGACGUAAAAAACAUCUUCAAGUUUCACACAGGCAGCAUCCACAACUCAGAAUUAGAAAUCAAUCUCAUAUCCCAUCAGUAAAUAAAGAUGUUUGGGGUACAGAGUCUGUUAGCUUGACUUUACACCGUGGUAAGACAGGGUUCGGGUUCUCUGUGAUUGAAGCUUGCCCAGUCCGUGUUGGCCGCGUGGACGGAGCAUCGCCCGCUGAAUCAGCCGGUCUCCAACCUGGUGAUAUUAUAAUCCGACUGAACAAACAAAACGUCUCCAGAUCUACUGCUACAAGUGUAGCUAAACUUAUCAAAAACAGCAACAACACGAUGGUACUAGAACUACAUAGACCCCGACCUGUUACUUACGAGCAUCUUGAGAACUCCCCUUUAUCAAACACAACCCUCGGAAACAACACUGACACCUGUAACUAUGGUAACGAUUAUACCAACAAUACAUACAGAGACCAGUCUGUACCCCAGAUGUACACCCUUCAUGAUGAUGAGGAUAAAGAAAAUGAGGUCUCAAUGGAGGAUCAAACUUUGUACCCUAUCAACCCACACAUUGCUUCCCUGGCAACCAGUACACCACUGCCACUGCUAGCCCGAGGACAUAGGACUGUACAAACUUGUGAAAUGAGAAAACAAGAGGCCAUUCAUCGUCUUCUGAGCAUUGAACUUGACUUUAUUGACCUGAUGCAUGCUGGGAUGCAGCGAUACUCACGCCCUCUACGUCAUUGUAUACUAAGCCACUCCCACCAUUCUGCACUCUUCCAAAAUAUCGAAAAGUUGGUGACAAUAUCGGAAUACCAUGUAAAACAGAUGCAUGAUAAUGCACCGUCCUCUUUCAUCUCGGAGGAUGACACUGAUACCUCCGCCUCUAGCGACAACCACAACUUCAUACAGUCUAUAGGUCUCAUUUACCAGUCCAAGGUCCAUAUGUUGUGUCAGGCCUACGACCUGUAUGCUAAAGGUAUCAGCACAGCAAACCAUCUUCUCUCCGAACUACGAAGGAAUGAGGACUUUGUGAGAUUUGUUCGAGACCCACCACUCGAGGGAAAUCAACCAAGUAUUAGCACAUUUAUAUACCGGCCAGUGCAACACAUCAGGGAGUUAUACAAAGUUGUACAGGAGGUGUUCACUAAUACAUCAAGUGGCAGUUCUGAUUAUAAUAGUCUGAAGGAACUUACUGAAGUUUUACAAGAAUGUUCAACCAACAUCACAAACUACAGUUGUGAGAGAGUUGAAAGUUUGACCUCACUUACAUCGAAAGAUUCGAAGGUCAGUUUUACAGGAAGUAUGAAGUCCAGAUCUUCCAGUACAUCUUGCAGCAGUGCUUCAUCUAAAGGUCAUUCUCUACAGACCAGUAAAUCAGUGGACCAUGAAGUGAUGAAAAUACAAGACAGACUUGUCUUCUCCUCUAAUGUACCUGUUUUCCAACUUUGCCAAGAUGAUCGUCAUCUGAUAUUUUCGGGCGAGAUGUUUAAGCGUGAAGGUCAGCAAUGGAUGAAGAUACACGUAUAUUUAUUCACGGAUCUUAUACUAGAGACAGUGAGAGAGAGUGACGGUUAUCUGAAGGUGAUACAAGAACCUACUAUGUUAAGAGACAUCGCCGCCAUGGACUCACAGAGACAACAUGGUACAGAGUUUGUACUCUACUCGACACCUAGACUUCACCAAUCGCGGCAAUGUGCGAAGAGGAAAUUGAACUUCAGAGCACCAUCGACGGAACAGAAAAUGGCAUGGAAAAGUUUGAUUGAGCAGCGAGUGUUUGCUGUACGUGGGUCAAUGGACUAUUACAGUAGUACUAGUGAUGUUUCUAGCAGCUCUUCAUCCGCCAUUGUUAUAUAAACUCCAAUGAUAGAACUGUUCUUUCAUGCUUGCUGUAGAAACUGUUCUUCUGUCCCAGAGCUGAAGAAUUUAAGUAUGCCAGUAUUAUGUGCAAUUUAUAUUUAAUUGAAAGAAAAGACUUGGUACAGGUGAAGAAAAUGACUUCGCACAGGUGAAAAAGGAAAUGCUCCUAAUGGUGUAAUGUGUUCACAGUAUUCAUAAUGUUUGUCAAAUAUAAAUAGACACUCCCACUACAUGUGAAGAUGAGUGAUUGGUUUUACAAAAAAGUGAGCUUUAAGGACUUUCAAUACGAAGCAAAGCUUAAACAUUCUAUAUCACUUGGAGAAGUUGUGUAGCAACCUGUGUAUAGAACAUGUUUUGUAAAUGACAAAUGUAAGCCAUUAAUGUUAUGAGUAUGUAAAGCUUAAAAACUGCAGAUAUGGCGGUCAGGCUGUUGUAUAUUUGUUUUUCAAGAAAGCUUGAACAUUACAAUAUAUAUAUGCUUGUUUUAUGCAUAAACAUAAUGUAUAAACAUAAGAAUUUUGUUUUAACUAACAUUAAGUCGUAUAUUAAUAUGACAUUAAAUGUGCUAUGUUUUAUAUUAACAUUGUGUUAUGAAAUAAUCUUAGAACCUGAAUUCCUUACAAUAGGCCAUGAUAUUAGCUUACAGUUGUAAAAAGUGUAAAUAUCAAACAUUAAGAAAGCUUAUUAUUUGAUACACAUCUUUGACCAUGUUAAUAGUUUGUAUUUGUUUCUGAAUGUCAAUUUUCAUCCUUUUUAUUUCUCUCUUUCUUUUCUAGCUUUUGUCUUUGUUGUUUGUCUCCUGACUUUGUUUUAUUGUAUGUUACUGUAUCCAUUCAUUGACAUUGUAUUUAUUUUCUACUAAAUACAUCAAAAUAAAAUUGAAUAUAAAUUGAA